AUGUAUUUAAUCGGCCCAACCCGCGGGGUGCAAAGCAUGUUCUCGUCCUUCAGAUUGGCUUCACGUCACACCACCAGCGUAUUACGAACCUUUCAUACAUCGAAGCCUAUAAUGCUGCAAGCAGGAGACGCCAUCCCAAAGUCCAUUCCCGGUCUACACGAGAACAGCCCCGGCAAUUCAGUCGACAUCGGCGCUGAGGUUGCCUCCGGAAAGCACCUGAUCGUGGGUGUCCCAGCCGCGUUCUCCCCGGCUUGUUCGUCGAGCCACGUGCCCGGCUAUAUCCAGCACCUUGACGAGCUGAAGAGCAAGGGCUUCAAGCAAGUUCUGGUCACGUGUGUAAAUGACUCAUUUGUCACGAAGGCCUGGGCGGAGUCGCUAAAGUGCCCAUCGGACGUCAGAGUUAUUGCUGACACCCAGGGUGCCUUCGCCUCUGCUGGUGGUUUCCUGUUCGACGGCAAGCAGACGUUCGGUAAUGACCGCUCUGUGCGUUACGCGCUUGUUGUCGAAGAUGGCAAGGUCGUUCGCGACUUUGUCGAGCCAGACAAGACGGGCCUCAAGGUCUCCGCCGCAGAAAAUGUCUUGAAGGAACUCUAA